GUUUAUGUUCUCCCCGAGGUCGUUGCGGGUCUUGUAGCUACGUUAAAAAGUUGUCGAUGCCCCAAACCUGAGCUAAAAGUGACCGAUAUCUUUCCGCUGAGGAAACGAGAUUGUAGGUAUUUAAAGCUUCAAAUGCUUGAAUGUCCAAGGGAAGGAACGACAAGGCUAAAACUCUCCUGGCUAGCAAGGAGGAAACACGAAGGUAGAACUGAGCUACAUCUGCAGACCCUCGAAUCUAAGGACCAUCAACGCCUGCGCAGCUUACCACUCAAUUAUGGCUUCCGCGUCGGGGCAUAACAAGGAAUACUUCAAUAAGGAGGCUGCUUCCUACGACAGCAAGCACGGGAAGACGCUGGACCAGAUCAUCGAGGAGAUCCGAGCUAGGCUGGACUUCAUCGGGGUCGACUGGGCUGAUGAGGUUGAUGAUGGUGACGAUAACCUCGACGGCAAAGAUGCCGAAUCAGGAGGCGUGUCGGGCCAGAAGAAAACCGUGAGGUUGUUGGAUUACGCCUGCGGAACUGGGGUUGUCUCCAGGGCUCUCGCGCCUUACACGACGCAAUGCGUUGGAAUUGACCUGUCAGAGAACAUGGUAGCCGCCUACAAUACGCGGGCCGAAAAUCAAGGCAUUGCCCCUUCCGAAAUGCGCGCAUAUCAAGGUAACCUCUGCAGCCCGGAGGAUCCCACACCCUCUGCCUUUGCCUCGCCCGAGUUCUUCGACUUUGACGUGGCGGCCGUUGGACUCGGAUUCCAUCACUUUGAUGACCCAGCGCUAGCGGCGCGGCGUUUGGCAGCGCGGCUCAAGACAGGAGGCGUGCUUGUGAUUAUAGAUUUCCUGCCUCAUGAAAAAAUGGACACUUCCCAUGCCGCCACACCAACUGUGACGCACCAUGGCUUCUCUGAAGAACAGAUCAAGCGCAUCUUUGAAGAGGCAGGGGUUGGAAAAGACUUUGCGCUCGAGGAGGCCGCCGUUGUGUUCUUCAGGCAAGCCGAAGGCCAGCCCUCCAUUAAGAGAAGAAUCUUCUUUGCCCGUGGCACUAAGGCAUGAUUGGACUCGAAGUGAGGGACGCCUGAAUGUGAACUGGAAUAUAGGAUACGAUAAUGACAUGCGAAGGAGCUGAGAUCAAUGCAACACGAGCAACUAUAGAUAUAUAUCGCAGAUGUAUAUUCAAACCAUAAAUCAUCAAAUCAUGAUGCCCCUGCUUUCGCUGCUUCCAUGGGUAGGUAUUUUUGAGGCGCCAACUCG